AUAAGAGUCUAACCCCAUUGUUUCAGUUGAUGUUAUUUCAAGCUGCAUUAAGCACAUUUAAAUGCACGCUGUUGACUCAUUUGUGCUAAAUUGUUUUAUCUUCUGAGUUAUGCACUGCAGAGAACCGGUAGUGAAUCAAACAGACAGACAGCCAGGGAGGAAGGGAGGGGAAGGAAAGAGCCUUUUCAAAAAACCCAUGGAGUUUCUUGGCAAGGGGAGGGCAGAGGAACACAAACUGUGGGUGGACCCCUGUGACAAUGUAGAUCAGGCACCUAAACCCUCCCUGGUUGAAAAACACUAGUACCACGAGUGCUUACAGUGGUUUGUUCUGCUGUAGAUCCGGGAGGCUGCUAGUUUAAGUUUAAUUCCAUGGAUAAUACGGGCUUACGCUGAAUAAUACCUGGUGGACAAGGACUAAUAGUCUGCUUAUCGCAGGUAAAGAGGAUUCGUGUCCAGACCGCCAGACAGACCCCUGCUUUGCUGUUCCAGACAGAAAAACCCACAACGCCAAGCCAGGAAUGUCCAAUCUCGCAGCAGACGCUCAGGCCCGUCCAGACCAGUUUGAGAGUGAUGGGCCGUCUGAACCGUCACCCCAGGCUUCGAGGAAGCCACCUGGGCAUCUGAAGUUGGCACGCAGCUUUUCUAAAUCAGACUCUGACCUGCUGGCUUCCCCUCAUUGUGAGGACGACGGGCCUGUUGGUGGCCGGAGCGAAUCCCUGUCCAACUGUGCUGCUGAGAGGAAGGAAAUGGAGCAGAUGCCAUCGUUUGCCUCCGAAUGGGACGAGAUUGAGAAGAUCAUGAGUCUAAUUGCUGACAUCGAGAUGUCCAAGGAGCAUCAACCUGCAUCGGAAGAUGCAGCUGGGAGCCGGGUGCUGGAGCAGUCAGUGGGGGAGUGGCUGGAACACUUGGGCUUUCCUCAGUACGAGAGCAAACUGGUGCUCAAUGGCUUCGAUGACCUGCGCUACAUGGGGAGUAAUGUGAUGGAAGAUCAGGACCUUCAGGGAAUUGGCAUCACCGACCCAGGCCACAGAAAGAAAAUCCUUCAUGCAGCAAAAAGCCUCCCAAAGGUGAAAGCUCUGGGGUGUGACGGCAGCACCUCUCUGUCCUCAUGGCUGGAAACUCUGGGUCUUGGAGAGUAUCUGCACAACUUCCUGUCUAGUGGCUACCGAACCCUGGACUGUGUUAAGAACCUGUGGGAACUCGAAAUUGUUAAUGUGUUGAAAAUUGGCCUUCUUGGUCACAGAAAAAGAAUCAUAGCCUCGAUAUCAGAGCGACCGUAUGAGGAAGCACCUUCGAAAUCCAACCGCUUUUCCCAACUCAAGAUUCAGGACCUGUUGUCUCAAAAUACAUCACCGCUCAGUUAUAUGGAUCCGUACACCAGUCGCUCCAUGGAUAUGCUGCUUCCAUUGGGAGAAUCAGGCAGAAAGAGUCGAGCGUUGGAUCAGGAUGGCAGUAUUUCCCUUCGCUCCUUCGGUGAAAGAUCACGCUCACAUGACCGUCGUGCAGAUCGACAUUCGCGUCUAAAUAUUCGCCCUUCCAGCCACUCCGCCACAUAUACCACAGUCUCCACCUGGCAUCAUCACCCUGACAAACUUAUCACCGAGUCCUGCGUUUAUGAGGCCAGAUAUUUAGGUUCUGUGAUCAUCCGAGACCUACGAGGAAUUGAAUCUACACAGGAGGCCUGCGCUAGAAUAAGAAAAUCAAAGGAUCACAGGAAAGGUCCCGUCAUAAUACUAAACAUCACCUACAAAGGAGUCAAGUUUGUUGACGCAGCCACCAAGGCAAUGGUUGCAGAGCAUGAGAUCCAGAACAUCUCCUGUGCAGCCCAGGAUCCGGACGACCUUUGCACAUUUGCAUACAUCACAAAAGAUCUGAAGUCUGGUUAUCACUUCUGCCAUGUCUUCACUACAGUAGAAGUGACACAGACCUAUGAGAUCAUCCUGACACUGGGACAGGCGUUUGAGGUGGCAUAUCAGAUGGCACUCCAGGCACAGAAAGCCCGUCGUCACAGUUCGUAUGCUGGUCCAGCCUCCGAAAACAUAGAAACCAAGACCAACAGGCCCACCUCGCAGUCCCGCAAUAGCAUGCGCCGCUCCACCAUCGACCCUCUGGAGCCAGAAAUGGACCUGCAGUCCCUGGGCAGCACCAGUUGGCUCUACGAACCGAGGGAGUCCUCCAGGCCUUCGAGUAGCACCAAGUAUGAGACCACCAUAUUUUGAAGCAGGGCACGGCCCUUGUCCAAUCCCGCCUGCUGCCCCAUAUCAACCCCACGCCCCAUAAACUCGAGUGCCCCGUGCCUUCUCACUGUGAUUUGUAGCCUUCCUCAGGGCAAGACUACUUCCCACUCCAGUCCCGACCCCGGCCCUUGCCUGCAUUGCCCUCUCGGAGAGCCGUACACCUCCACCUUCCUUUUUUGUCGUCUUGACCAAUGAGCGCUUUCUGGAAUCCUUGGAUUUGCCGUAUAACCAGCCUCUUCAAACUCUGGUCCGAAAUGGCCUCUUGAAAGCUUCCCUAUUUUAUACAUUAUGCUGAAUGUUUACGGUUCGGUCCCUCGUGUCAGAGGGUUCUCUAUCACAAAACCUCCAAACUUGACACUUGUAGCAUUUGUACAUCUCCUCAUCCGGACGGACAUGUUGGCGGAACAUUAUUAGAAAUUAGUAGCCCAACGAGCUCUCUGACUGCAACAGCAAUACUAGUACUGUUUUUCAAGUUUACGUACAUUCACAGUCAUGAAUGCAACAUAACUAAUCUUCCCAUCAGCGCUCCUCGAACCUUGUAGCACUAGAUCACUUUUUUUCCCUGUAGUUGGACCCACGUUCCCCCCCCACCCCCUGCAGUUCUUCAGUUUUUCAAAAAAGUUGGGUCUGUAAUCUCGAUUCACAUCCAGUGCUUCCUUUUGUCUUACCAGGCAUCUGCAGCUCUGAGGCCCUCGGAAGAAAGACUAUGCCUGUUUAGAGAGUGUUUAGAGGUUUGGAUUUGAAAUGCAAUACAGUUUAACUGGGAAGAGUAGAAUACAGCCCCAAGAAAGUGGAAUAACCAAGACAACAUUCCUGUUCUGUUUUCUUGUUGGAAUUUAAUUGACUUUUUUUAUCCAAUAAGGGAAACCAUUUUGUUUCGUAAAGUUCUAUAUUUGUAACUUUACAUGGUUAACAUCACAUAAUACGUGUGUGUAUAUCCUCUAUGUUCAUUUUGUGAUUGAUGAUUUGUUAUGUGAAAUUAGUUCCCUCUGAGACUCCCACUAAAAAGUCAUUUGCAGAAAAAUGAGACAGAAUAUUUUCGUAGACAUAAUAAUAGUAAAUGUAACUAUUUUGAAUUGCAAAAUAAUUCCCACGGUGACAAUUAUCUUUAGGGAGAAGGUAAUGAAGCCAAGAAAAGAAAAAACACAAAGGCUAAAGAGAGAGAGAGAGAGAAAAAGCUCCAAACUGCCUUAUGCAUAUUGUGACAUGUAAUGAACGUUUGGAAAACCACUGUAAGUUUGCACCACUUUGUUUAUUCACCCAAAAAAAAAAAAAAAAACAGAAGAAAGAAAACAAUGUAUUAGAUGCUAGAAAUCUGCGAUUUUACAUUCUUGAUGGUUUAUGUUUUGUCUUGUUUCUUGUGCCAUGUUCACACUGCAGUUAAAUAUGAAUUGACCCCCCACUUAAAGAAGUAACAACAGCAUUUUGAAACCAAAUUAAUGCAUGGGACAUUUAAAAGAAGAGUGAAAAUUUAAAUUUAAAAACCAUUUUCUCACCCUUAAGUUGUUCCAAACCUGUUUGCUUUUCUUUCUUAUGUCAGACAUAAAAGAUAUUAUGAAUAAUGUUGGGAACCAGACAAGUUGCCAAAAGCCAACGACUUCAAUGGUAUGAAAAAAACAAUAGUAUGUAUGUCAAUGGCUACCGUCAACUGUUGGUUACCAAUGGUUUGAUUACCAAUAUUCUUUAAAAUAUGUAUCAUCAGCAAAAAAAUGAUGACAUGCUUAAUUUUAUGGUGAAAUGUCCCUUUAAGUAGCGAAAGUUGCAUUUUAUUAAAUCUGCGUUAAAAAUAAUGGCAUCAAUGUCUGUUGUUUAUAAACGUAGUCUCUAUAGCGCAACGGUCGCUAAAUAACGUCCAGCCAUUUAGGGUUUACGAAAGACUCGUACACAUACUGAAUGAUAAUUCAGGUGAUUCAUUUCUUAUGUGAUGUUGUGUUUCCAAAACAUUGCAGUGUGAACGUGGCUGUUUUUGUGUGUGUGUGGAAAGGACUGUUCACUUUAGUUUGAUUCUGGCUGUUAUUCACUUCUGAACUGCACUCUGUCUCUCAUGUCCGGUUUUAUUGAGUAACUUAAUCUGUUAAAGUUGUGGUAAUUUCUUUGUGACUGUGUUGCACAUCCUCAACUUCCAGACAUCACAAUCAUCCUCACUCAUUAACAACCAUCGUUUGCCGUUGUUUUGUCUCAUUUCCUAACUCAAAAUUGCCAAAGAGGCUAGCUCAAGAUCCAUUUCACUCAUGCAAUCACAUCCUGUAACGUGAGCUUUGUGUAUUUUUGAAAUGCUGUCACAUUUUUUAUAUUUCAGAUUUAAUUAGCAGUCCUGUCUGGGCUCUGACAACUUGAUUGGGAUUUAAGCGCAUUCCCAUUUCUGAAUUCCAAUAUAUUUUUCCUUGUGUAGCUGACUCCACCUUUCAAGUUUCCGGACACCAAGGUGUGAAUUGAAGGGGACUCAGGUGAAACUUUAUGUGUGAGUCCAAAUGAGGAAGAAAUUGAGUGAGUAUGCGAGAGAGAGAAAGAGAAAUACAUAAUUAGCACUUAAUGGCUGUACCAAACAGACUGUCCAAAGUUGUUCCUAUUGCAAAAAUAAACUUGAAUAAGGACUCAGCCGAUAAACUGAUUUGCUGGUGAUGUGGAAAUGGAGGUAACAAAUCAUAUAAUAAAAUAUGAAUCGGCAUGAUAUUCAGUUUGACCGAAUCUCACAAAGCAAUGUCAUAUUUCACCCCAAAACCAAAAGAAGAGUUUUUGCCAAUGCAUCCUGUUUUCAGGACUGUGUAGAUGACAUUAUUAUCUAAACACAUGUUUGCACAAUAAUUAUGCAUUACAACUAAGAUGUACACUUACAAUUGUACUAUGUUAUCUUUUCUCAAUAUGAUCAUAAAGAUUUUGACCUGUAAUUUGCUUAAUUGUCAUGACAAAUGGUUCAAUGCAUGGUCCUAAAAAUAGGGUUUAUUUGCUUCUCAUUUAGUUUUGGGGUGAAAGGUGAACAUUUCUCAAGUUUUUCAUGAGAUUCACACAUUUAUGUCUUUAAAAAGCAAGCAGAACAUUUGAGUAAUCUCUGGAAAACUGGACUUCUCUUUCCUGAGCACUGUGUGAACAUUUUAGUGUUCAAUGUUUCCUCUUAAACUGUGGUUUAUUUUCAUAUGGAGAAGGACUUUGUGUGCGACAUUGGCAGAUUAUACCUAAACAAAAAAUUAUUAUGCAAAACAAGAGUUUUGAUCUUUUUGGACUCUGUACAUUGUUGAACUGCUUGUUGAAGAUUUGUGGCAUUUAAAACAAAAUUGGGUUCAGUUGUGAAUCGGAGAUGGAAACGUUAUGGUUGAGAUUAAGUACUUUCAUGUAAAUCAGCAAAAAUAUUUUUACCUGAAUGUGAAGAAUCCAGCUAAAUUGAAAUCAAAUCAGUGGUUGAUGCAAUGAUCUUACUGUGAAAUAGCAAAGAUGUAGCAUACUUAGGCUAUUGAUUUGCCAUAUGAAAACUAAGAGCCGAAUUAAAUGUCACUUUAUGGCCACCUAUCACAAAGCUGUCUAGCAUCACAAUGAGUGUUUUAUUUUCUUUUUAUGGUUAGCAGGUUCCUUGAUUUAAUGGAAAAGAAAAUGGGCACAUAUAUGCAACAGUGGAAGAAAAUGAUUUACAGAAAAAAGGAAAAAAUGCAACCCCCUCAGGCAACACUUGUCCCUCGCUUUCUCUUUGAAUUCACUUGAAUUUCUUUUGAACUUCACAUAAUUUGAGCGAAUAUUGACAAACGAUUUAACACCAAUUAUGUUAGUAUCCUCUUUUUCUGGGUUGGGAAGAGUAUGAGGAUGUCAGAAACACACUAAGAUCAGGGCAGAUUGCUUGCACUUGACAACACAAGAUAAAAUACCACUGUUGGCCUAUGUAGAAGGUAAAGUAACUACAAUUAAAAGAUGUCUAAUAAAUGUACUUUUUGUCCUGAAUGUUCAUACUAUUCUGUAUGUUCAUUCCAUUUACUUAAGGAACAAUCACUAUCUCAAUGCCAUUGAACUAAUAAAUUCAAUAGACUUUU